AUAAGCUGUAAGUAAGAAGUUUACAGAAAUAAGUUAUACUAUAAAAAAUAUAUCCAGCGCAUAAGCUAACCCGUGCUUUAUAAAGGCUCAUUUCUAAAAUAAUCUUGAUUUGAUCAACGACUACCAAGCGAAGUUUACAAAAGCAAUAAAUUAACUUUUUUUUUUACAGAUGCUAAGCAAAGCGAUAAGAAGAGUUGUCUUAGUAACAAGAGUUAACAAAAGGAAUAUAUCUUGUAAUGAGCUAAGCUCAACCACCAUUAAUAUUGUGAAAUCAACAGCGCCAGUUUUAGCUAAAACUGGUUAUGAUAUUACGAAGACCAUGUAUAAUAAAAUGUUAUCUGAGAAUGCCGAACUGCGAUUUUUAUUUAAUGCCUCUCAUCAGUUGGAAAUAAAGAACGAAAUUGCCCAUCAACCAAGAGCCUUAGCUUGCAUGAUGUAUAACUACGCUGAAAAUAUUGACAAUUUAAAAUUAUUGGAGAAAGCAAUUGAAUCAGUCGCACAAAAACAUGUUUCACUUUUUGUUCUCCCAGAACACUAUACUAUUGUGGGAGAAAAUCUUUUGUGGGCAAUCAAAAAAGUGCUGGGAGAGAAAGCAACCAUUCCCAUCUUGCAGGCUUGGAAAGAAGCUUAUUUUCACUUAGCUGGCAUUUUUAUUAAAAGAGAAAACGAAAUUCGUACAAACAAGGCGCUUCAGAUUGGAGGUUGGGAAGGAUGGCGAUCUUUUAUCGUUGCCAGGAAAGUCAAAGAGAGUUCAGUAAUUACCUCCUUUUAUCUAAAAUCGAAGGAUGGAAAGCCUGUACUUAACUAUAAGCCAGGCCAAUACACAGCGCUUAAAUUGUGUACGGAAAAAGUUAAAGCUUGCAGAAAUUAUACUCUUUCUAAGGCGGCUGGCGACAAUAAAUAUCGCAUUAGUGUAAGACGUCAGGAGCCAGCCGAAAAAGGGGCCCCGCCUGGUCUUGUAUUAAAGGUGUCUAAUUUUCUUCACGAUCACAUAAAUGUCAAUGACGAAGUACUCCUUGGAGUUCCCAGCGGAGUUUUUACUUUUAAUCACAACCACGCCAACGAUGAGAAGCCAAUUGUACUAAUGAGUGCUGGUGUUGGAUUAACGCCUAUAGUAGCAAUGCUUGAUUUUAUAUUAAAAAAUAACGUGAAAAAAAGCGUGACGGUGAUUAUUUCUAACCGAAAUAAGGAUGUAGAAGCGUUGCAUGAUUGGUUUGUAGCUUCAGAAGAAAAACAUUCUAAUCUUCAAGUCGUGUUUUUGUAUGACGAUCCGCUUAGACUUUCCUCAAAAACUUUAAAUGCCUCUAAACUAGAUAAGCUUUUGCCUAAUAAAGAUUGCCACUACUUUUUUUGUGGACCACAAGGAUACAUGAAAAUGGUUUGUGAACAACUACUCAAAUGGAAAAUCCCUGAAGAUCAAAUUAAUUACGAAUACUUUGGGCCUACCAGGCCUUUAUAGGACGAAAAAGCUUUUAUUAAUAAAA